UUGCUGAACGGAGUUCUAGUUUUUGCCAGAAUACGAUGUGUUGUAGAUUUUGUCCGGAUAGUCUUAACACUCUCAGCACGUUUUAGAUGGGCAAUGUAGAAUAAGCGAGGCGAUAGCAAGUCAAGGUUUUCAUUUCGGCUUAUAAAAAUGAAGAAAAACGGUGGUGGGUUGAGGGAGAAAGGCCUGGCCCAUUAAGGAAGUUAGAAGUGGGGUAAUUGAUGGGGGAAUGAAAGGAUAGUGUAGUUUCUUGAACAGAAAAUGGGAAGCAGAUGUUUAUCAGCGGUGAGAAUAGCGUCACCAGUAAAGCAUCAAAUUGGAAGAUUGUCAAUCAAAGCAGCAGCUAAUGGGUCUUCCCUUGAACCUCCCGAUGUCCCGCGUUUGGCUCAAACUGCUCGCAUCUCAUUAAACCCGCAUCAGCUUCAAGAAUUUGCUCCUAAAAUUCGACAAGUCGUCCACUGGUUUGGACAACUUCAAGCUGUUGAUCUUAAUAGCGUUGAGGCUGCUUUAAGAGCAGAUACCGAAGGUGAGAACUUGCGUGACGACGUUCCUGAAAGCUUUAAAGAAAGAGAGGCUAUUAUUGGUGCUUUACCAAGCUAUGAAGACCCGUAUGUCAAAGUUCCCAAAGUUUUGAACAGGGACUAGAACUUGCACUACUCGCAGCUGUUCUGAUUGAUGUCUUGUGCAAGAAAAGCACUCUAUUACUUACUUUUGCUUUCUCUUAUUGUUAAAACCUCACAUCCAACUAGCCAUGGUUUAAACUUUAAACUUUUCGAGACAUGGACUAGGGAGGUUAUUGAGAACUACACUUUUUGCUACUUAAAAGCUAAUUCACAGAGUUAAAA